AUGGGUGCAUUGUGCUCUUCGGAAACAUAUAUGCUCGAUAAGGAAACCUACAAAAAACAGGUGGAACAUAACAAAAUGAUUGAGCAAGAUUUGGAUAAGGACCGAAAACUGAAAAUCUUAAAGUUACUCAUCCUAGGACCUGGAGAAUCUGGAAAAAGUACAACAAUUAAGCAGAUCAAAAUCAUCCACGACGAAGGCUAUAGUGUUGAAGAAAAGUUGAUUCGACGACAUGGAAUUUUCAUGAACAUUCUGGAAGGAAUUGAAGAAAUUCAUUUAGCAGUUGGCAGAGAAAACAAAUCAUAUAAAAAUCCAUUAUCAUUUGAUCACAUCCACGAAGUUCGAAUGUUCACAGAGAACUUCAAAAAGGCAGACGAAGCCGACAAAAUUUUAGGAGCUGAAGUGAUAAAUGCCAUUCAGAAGUAUGUUAAAGAUGAGACAGUGGCAAUGAUGUUACGAGACAAGACUGUCUACAAUAUUGAUGAUUCCACAAUUUAUUUCCUUGACAACUUUUCUCGAAUUAUUCAAAAGGAUUACUUGCCAACAGAAGAGGAUAUUCUGAAGAGCAGAGUUCCAACAUCCGGUGUUAUUCAAUACAAAAUUAUGCUCAAGAAUUUCAAUUUCAAAAUCUUUGACGUCGGAGGUCAACGAGCCCAGCGUAGAAAAUGGUUGCAUGUAUUUGAUGAUGUUCAUGCUGUACUUUUUAUCACUUCUCUAUCAGAAUAUGAUCAAGUUUUGCGGGAAGACGCAACAGUGAACCGUAUGAAAGAAUCGCUGAACUUGUUUGAGAAAAUCUGCAACGGAAGAUAUUUCAUCAAUACAGCUAUGAUCCUUUUCUUGAACAAAAUUGAUUUGUUUGAAAUCAAAAUCAAGCAUACGAAUAUUACAGUGGCAUUGACAAGUUAUAAAGGCCCUCAAGAACGGGACAGCGCCCUCGACUACAUUCGGAAGCGAUUCGUUUCUCUGAACAAAAACAAAAAACGUUCAAUAUAUGAGCAUGUGACGUGUGCAACAGACACCGAACAGAUUCAGGUGGUCAUCGAUUCUGUCAUAGACGUUGUUAUUCAGCAUACUAUGCAAAAAGUUGGUAUUCAAUGA